AUGUCGGAGGCUCUCAAAAUCGAGAGCAGGCCAAUUCCGGCCUUCUACUGCUGCUAUCUACUGCGAUCGAAGAAUCGCAAAUCCUACUACAUUGGGAGCACACCCAACCCUGCACGUCGCCUGGGUCAGCACAAUGGGUCGAGCAAGGGCGGCGCGAAACGUACAUCGAUGCAGGGGAAGCGGCCGUGGGAGAUGACUUGCAUUGUUACAGGUUUUCCUUCCAAGUUCGCAGCCCUCCAGUUUGAGUGGGCGUGGCAAAACACGCACGCGACACGACAUAUCGACAAAGAUGUGCGAGAUGCAAGGGCCGAGGAACUGCAAAAGGGCAAGAAGAAAGCCACCUCGCCUGGAAGGAGGAGAAAGAGGCCGCCCAUGUCACUCGAAGCAAGGCUGAAGAACUUGCAUCAUCUGCUGAGUGUGGAUAGCUUCUGCCGGUGGCCCCUGAAUUUGAGGUUCUUCGCACCGGAUGUCUUUGUGCAGUGGGAGAGACACACCACGAAAAUGACGACGACGUUGAGGAAGAGUAUCACGAUACAAUUGACGCCAGCUGAGAUUCCCAAAUUAGCCAGUGACGUCUCGACUGAGCUACAGACACACUUUAUCCCCGAGGUCAUCAGAGCAAUCCCUGUCGCAUACGAGGACUGCAAGCAGUACAUUGAAAAGUCGAGAAGGGUGCUUGAAGAUGAUCAACGGCUGGGUUGUGGAUGCCGCAGCUGUAUCAAAUGGGCAACAAUGAUCAAAGAGCUCAGUCUGCGCACAAACGGCGAAGAAGAGCUUAAGCUUCUCUUCAAACCCAAGCGGAAGAGGAAAUCAGACAACCCCGCAGAGUCAGAUGCAGCUGAUGGGCAGGCGCUCGAACAAGAGGACGAGGAGCUUGAUGAGACGUGGAUGGAAGACAUGAGUCAAGACGAAGAGCCGUCUCCCGUCAAGAAAUCGAGAUGA